AUGUUUAGCAAGAGUCACGGUUGGGAAGAAGAUGGCCUUCCUCUCCCCCUUCCGAAGACGCAUUCGCCAUACAAGACCGAAGCCGCGCACCCGGUUUAUGUGGUGCGCGGCCUCAAGUUUCGUCGCUUACUUGCACUCGUCGAAGCUGCUGUUAUGGACACGACCACCUCCUACUGCAAACAGCUGCACUGGCACCCACAUAUUCUGCUCUGGAGUCCCGAAGGGGACGAAAAUUCUCCCCCUAUACGCAUUUUCACAGACGAUUUCAAUUGCAACGACAUGCUCAAGGAGGCCAAGGAACUGCACUCAAAGCCGCGUCAUCCGGACGAUCCAGAAGACCUCGAGUAUGUCAUCCUACCGCUGAAGUUCUGGUCAGAUGCAACACAGCUGGCGUCGUUCGGAACCGCGUCCCUCUGGCCUAUAUACAUGUACUUGGGCAACCUCUCCAAGUACGUUCGCGCUCGCCCAUCACAGUUCGCUGCGCACCAUUUGGCAUACAUCCCCGAGCUUCCCGACGACUUCAAGGACUUCUACAAGAGCGUAUACGGAGUCCCGCCCUCGCCUGAGGUACUCAAGUUCUGCAAACGGGAGCUCUUUCAACAGGUAUGGCUAAAGCUCCUCGACGACAACUUCAUGCACGCGUACGAACAUGGUAUCGUCCUUAUGUGCGGAGACGGUGUCAAGCGUCGUAUUUUCCCCCGUAUCGUGACUUACUCAGCGGACUAUCCCGAGAAGAUGCUGGCGACUGCGCUUCGGCCCCUCUCCAACCAUCCAUGCCAUCGGUGCCUCAUCCACAAGGACAAGAUCUCCGAGACUGGUCUCGCCGGCCAUGCUGAGCUGUUGGCAUCUAGCUUAGGUUCUCCCGGAGCACGGCUCGACGAUAGCGAGGUUCACGAUCGCAUUGAAGCCUCACGACGAGCCGUGUUCAAGGGUCGAUCCCUGGCCGGAAAAUGUGUGAAACAUCACCUCGACGACAUGGCCCUGAUCCCGAUCCGAGUGAGUGCCUUUCAAUCGAAUCAACCCGCACUGUCAACGCGCCUGUCUCAGUUUGGAGUGAACACCUACAGGCUGUUCGUUCCAGAUGUGAUGCACGAGUUUGAACUCGGCAUCUGGAAAGCGACGUUCCAGCAGCUGAUGGGAAUGCUGGAAUCUCAUGGCAAAGGAGCACUCCAGUCCUUCAACACACGUAUGCGCGCCACACCUACCUUCGGUCGAGACAGAAUCAGGCGCUUCUCGCAUGAUGUGUCUCAUCGCAAGCGACUCGCUGCCCGCGAUUAUGAGGCAUUUCUUUUGACAAUCAUUCCGGCGUUUCAAGGUCUCCUACCAGCCAAAGACGACGCGGUGAUCAGUGGGCUCCUCUUCGAGCUGGCCAACUGGCACGCACUUGCGAAGCUCCGCUUGCACACCGAGGUUACUGUCGACAUCUUCAAAGACGCCACCACGCACAUGUACGACGCUUUUCGAGCCUUCAAGACGACAUGCACGCGUUACGAAGUGUACGAGUCGAAGAACGAGUUUCAAGCUCGCCUCCGCCGCGAAGCUGCCAUUGAUCCGCAGCAUGUGGACGGCCAGAGGAAGAAGAAGCCAUGCAACAUAUGGGAGCGGCCAAAGUUCCACGGGGUGAGCCACGCGCCAGAUACUGUCGAGGACUCUGGCCCUCUCGACGGCGGCAGCACUCAAACGGGCGAGCUUGAACACAAGGUCGUCAAGCAGUUCUAUCCACGCACCAACAAAGUGGAAUUUGUUUCGCAGAUAGCGAACCACCAGUGGCGCGCUGAGCUCCUUCGCCAUCUGAGAGACAGCGACCCCGACUAUACACCACGUCGCGAGGCUCAGCGACAACGCGAAGAUGCUCGUGCCCUGCUGCAGGAGUCCCUCGAGCGAUCGGAUCCGCAUGCAAGGUACGACGUUGGGAACGGGCGCCGCAAUAUCGUGAGGAUUUAUAACUGGCUUGCUGAGAACGCGGGCGACCCCGCACUAGAGAACUUCCUCCCUCUCCUCCGUUCGCACUGUCUUCCUCGUCUACUCGCAGCAAACGCGAUCCCCGAGCACUUGCUGAACGAACGCUCGGACGUUACUGCCUGGGAUCUCCGGAUCGAAGACUCAAGGCUGUACACGCACAAGGUGAUCCGCUUCAACUAUACUACGUACGAUAUGCGCCGCAAUCAAGACUCGGUCAAUCCAAGAACCCACCCGGACGUCAUGGUAUGGGCCCCCGACGAGUCCUCUGAUCAUCCAUAUGCGUACGCCCGUGUGCUCAGCAUCUUCCACCUCACGGUGUCCUGCCUCGCUCGACCUAGGACUUCUACUAUCCCGGGAACUGCAGCAUCACAAGUGCUCCGAGUCUCCUCAAGCAUGGACGUUCUCUGGGUGCGUUGGUUCAAGGUCGACAGUGAACUUCAGUCUGGUUUCACCACACGCCGCCUCCCUCGUCUUCAAUUCGUCCCACACAAUGACGCCAGCACGGAGCCGUUCGGAUUUCUCGAUCCCGCGACCGUCGUGCGUGCGUCGUACCUCAUUCCAGCGUUCCACUUCGGCAAGACCGAGCGGCUGCUCGGUGAAUCGCGCCUUGCACGUUGCGAUUCCGACAAUCUUGACUAUGCCUACUACUACGCUUGCAUGUUUGUUGAUCGAGAUAUGUACAUGCGAUACCUUGGCGGCGGCGUCGGACACCGCGAGCAGUUCGUGACGAUCGCGCAAUCUCGACAGCACGCGCUACGCGAAGGCCCUCUCGUGACCCCCGAGUCGUACCCAAGUCCUCCUGACGCCGGCGGACACACUCCGGAACGUGGCAUUGAAGAGCCUUCGUCUUCGCAUCCUCCAGGCGACGAAGACAACGAUGCUGAAGAUGCCCAGGAGGAGGCAGCCGAGUUUGCUCACGAACUCGAAGCCCUUGAAGAGCUCGACGAGCGGCAAGACGAGGAGAAUGAGGGGGACGAUCUCGUAGAGCGCCCCGCUUAUGAGAUAAUUGACGACCCCGACUACUAUGAAGACGACGAGUACGAAGCAGAGGGGUAUGCUCGGCCCUGA